AUGUUCCCGCAUGCUCCAGGCCGACGUGUGGAAGGCUGCGCACGAGCGUCAAUUGUGCUGAUUAACGAGCCUGUACCACUUUGCCGCGACAAUCUCGAAUGGCUAGGACGAUUGCGCUCUGUGACCUCGCCAUCGGCUCUCUCUCUCUCGGCCCCACACCUUGCACUCUGUCACAUUCACUCUCUCACCCCAUCCCCUUGCACCCCCUUGCACCCCCUUCCAUACCCUUCCACAGUCGGAACUCAUCGCGAUCGCGCCAAGACAUUACGUAAUAGCCCAUUGUCAGGCUUCUCAUUUUAUGCCCGUGUCGCAUGCCCCCGCACAGGACCAGUGUCCGGUGGAUGA